ACUCGCGUCACUACGGCCCAGGCCGGGGGGGGGAGGGGAGCAUGGCGCCCCGCCCGCACGCCGCCGCCGCCUCCUCCUCCACCUCGUCUCCCGUUCUCAGCCCUGGCGGGAUGGUAACGCGAGGAAGAGGAGGAUGAUGAUAACGAGAGGAGGAUGGUAACGAGAUGGUAACGAGAGGAGGAGGAGGAAGAUGGUAACGCGGGCUCGCUGAGGCUGCGAGAGACGAGAUGAGCUCCGCCGAUGGAGGCGAGGAGGGAGGAGGCAGUGAUGCCGACAUCGAGGUCUUCUACAGAGCGGGGGCCGUGGCCAACGAUGGACCAGCCAUGGACAGCGUGUUGCCCCUGCUCAAGGACAAAGUGGCCUAUCUGUCUGGUGGGAGAGAUCGGCAAGGAGGCCCCAUCAUCAUGUUCCCGGCGCGUGGCAGCCUGGAGCGGGCCCGUCCCGAUGAUCUCAGAGAGCUCAUCGCUUACCUGGCCAGCGUGCCCAGCGAGGAGGCGGGCCGCCGCGGCUUCACGGCCGUUGUGGACAUGCGCGGCUCCAAGUGGGAGGGCGUGAAGCUGCUGCUGCGGACGCUGCAGGACGCGCUGCCCGGCCGUGUACAUGCAGCGCUCAUCAUCAAACCCGACAACUUCUGGCAAAAGCAGAAAACCAAUUUCGGCUCCUCCAAGUUUGAGUUUGAGACGGCGCUGGUGUCGGUGGACGGGCUGGCACGGGUCGUGGACCUGGCACAGCUGACGAGCGAGCUGGAUGGCUCGCUGGACUACAGGCACGAGGAGUGGCUGGAGAUGCGGGGAGCGGCCGAGCGACUGGCAGGACGAGCGCGCCACCUGCUGUCCCGCCUCGAGGAGCUGCAGGAGAUGCUGGCGCGCAAGGACUCCCCCGGGGAGCUUGAGCGGGCGCGGCAGCUGGCGAGCGAGCACGCCAGGCUCAAGCGCACGGUGCUGGCGGCACCCGUCGAGGCCCUGGAGCAGGAGACGCGGCGGCUGGUGGCCCGCGUGCGCUCGGGCGACGCGCAGGCCUUCCCCCGCUGCAACCCCGACCUGCAGGCACUCGGCCCGUGGCUCGCCGGGCUCACGGAGCGCCUGCACACCACCCGCCAGCACCUGCACCAGGUGUGGCACGUGCGCAAGCUCAAGCUGGACCAGUGCUUCCAGCUGCGCCUCUUCGAGCAGGAUGCCGACAAGAUGUUUGACUGGAUCGAGCACAACAAGGAGCUGUUCCUCAAGAGCUGCACAGAGAUGGGCUCGGGUCACCAGCACGCAUCCGAGCUGCACACACAGCACUCCCACUUCGCCAUGAACUCCAUGCAGAACGCGUACGUGAACAUCAACCGCAUCGUUUCGGUGGCGGGGCGCCUCGCGGAGGGUGGCCACUACGCGGCCCAGCAGCUGCGGCAGACGGCCGAGCGGCUCCAGCGCGAGUGGAAGGGCUUCACGGCCGCCAUCGACGAGCGCAGCCUCCUGCUGUCCAUGUCCGUGCGCUUCCACCUGCGUGGCGAGCAGUUCCAGGCGAACGUGGACGGCUGGUGCAAGGCGUGCGGCGAGGGAGCUCUCCCCAGCGACAUCCACUCGCUAGAAGCCGCAAUCUUGCGCCACCAGGGCCUCUCCGAUGAGAUCGGCCAGGCCUACGCGGAGGUGAGCAGAGAGGGUAAAUCUCUGCUGGAGAAGCUGCAGCGACCCUUGAGCCCCGGCAGCGCCGAGUCGCUCACGGCCUCUGCAAACUACUCGGGCGCCGUGCAGCUCAUCCUCGACUGCGUGCAUGAGGCGCUGCACAAGCACCGGCAGCUUGAAGCCCUCUGCACGCUACGCAAGCUGCGCCUGCACCAGCGGCUGCAGCUUCUCGUCUUCAAGCAGGACGUCAGACAGGUGCUGGAGUGGAUUGACACGCACGGGGAGACGUUCCUCAGCAAGCACACCGGGGUGGGCAAGUCGCUGCACCGGGCUCGCGCGCUGCAGAAACGCCACGCCGACUUCGAGCAGGUCGCACAGAACACGUACGUGAAUGCGGAGAAGCUGUUGGAGGCAGCGGAGGCACUGGCACAGAGCGGGGAGUGCGACCCCGAGGAGGUCUACUGCGCGGCUCACGCCCUGGAGGAGCGCGUGCAGGACUUUGUGCGCCGUGUGGGCCAGCGGAAGCUGCUGCUCGACAUGUCCGUGUCCUUCCACAACCGCGUCAGCGAGCUGUGGGGCUGGCUGGAGGAGGUGCAGCACGACGACGCCCUGGAGGAGGCCGGCGAGAGCGGCGACGCGGAGGCCGUGCAGGAAUUACUCUCUGAUUGGCGGCGGCGGCAGCACAGCACCCUGGAGGCGAUCGCCAGCGUGGCACGCGAAGGGGACGAUCUCAUACAGCAGCUGCGGACGGGUGGAGGAGCGCCCCAUGCCAGCUCGCUCGCGCACCUGCAGGCCGUGCGGCGGCAGCUGGAGGAGGCCACGGCCUCCAUGGAGGACUUCUUUGACGAGCGCGGUGUCCGGCUCCAGCUCCUGUUGCGCUUCCGCUCGUUCGAGCGCGAGGCCACUGAGGUCAUGUCCUCGCUGUCCGUGUGGCACGAGGAGAUCGAGCGCCGCUCCACCGAGUUUUCCACCGAGGACCCCACGGAGGCCGAGCGCCGCCUGCGCUUCCACUCCGACAAGUCGCUGGGCCUCAACAACCUGGCGCUGGACCUGCUGGCGCAGGGGCAAGGGCUCAUGCAGUGCAUGCUGGAGGAGCAGGCCGCAGGCCUGGAGGUGGUGUGCGAAGGGGACGUGGAUAUGUGCGUGCGUGUUCAAGAGCUGCUCCAGUGCGUGCAGGAGCGCAGGCUGCAGCUGGAGGGGAGUGCAGACCUGCACCGCCAGCGCCUCGAGCAGUGCCUGCAGCUGUGCCAGCUCCAGGAUGAGGUCAAGCAGGUGUUGAGCUGGAUCCGUAAUGGGGAGUCGAUGCUCAACGCUUCGCUGCUCUCGGCCUGCUCGCUGGAGGAGGCCGAGUCGCUGCAGAGGGAGCACGAGCACUUCCAGGUCGCUAUCGAGUCGCUGUUUCCCGACCGCUCCCUGCAGCAGACGCACCAGAGCGCCCUGCGCGUACAGCAGCGGGCCGCCGCCCUGCUCGGCGCGGGCCACUACGCCACGGACGCCGUGCGCUCGUGCGCCGAGAUGGUCGCCCAGCACUGGCAGCGGCUGCUGCUGAGGGUGGAGGACCGCCUCAAGCUCGUCACGGCCUCGGUCGCUUUCUACAAGACCUCGCAGCAGGUGUGCUCCGUGCUGGACAGCCUGGAGCAGGAGUACAAGCGCGAGGACGACUGGUGCGGGGGCUCGGACAAACUGGGCCCUGGCGCCGAGAAUGAUCACGUGGAGCCCAUCAUUCACAAGCACCUGGAGCAGAAGGAGGCCUUCCUUAAGGCCUGCACGCUCGCGCGGCGCAACGCCGAGGUCUUCCUCAAGUGCAUCCACAGGAACAGCGUGACGCAGCCCGGCUUCCUCAGCCCCGCCCGCGGCCCUGAGCAGCAGGUCAAAGUGAUCCUGGGGGAGCUGCUGCAGAGAGAGAACCGCGUCCUGCAUCACUGGACAGUCCGAAAGCGCCGCCUGGAACAGUGUCAGCAGUACGUGCUGUUCGAGCGCAGCGCCAAGCAGGUGCUGAGCUGGAUCCACGACACGGGGGAGUUCUACCUCUCCACGCACUCGUGCACCGGACAGACGCCCGACGAGAGCCGUGCCCUGCUGCAGGAGCACGACAGCUUCUCGUCCUCAGCCAAGGAGGUGCGUGAGAAGGUGGUGCUGCUGGUGCGGCUAGCAGAGUCUUUCCUGGCCAAGGGGCACGCUCACGCCGUCGACUUCCGCCAGUGGGUCACGGCCGUCGACAAACGCUACCGCGACUUCUCCUGCCGCGCCCACAAGCACCGGGCCGCCUUGGAGGCCGCACUGGGCCUCCCGCCACAGAACGAUCGCGACCUGCAGCUUGACACAGUCCCACUGGGGUUGGCCGAGUCGGGGGUUAAGCCUGAACCGGCCAAUCAGAGCCUGCGGCCAGAGAGCGGCCCAGCAUGCCUCACGGGGCCAGAGGUCAAGCUGCGAGACGCCAGUCACGAGCUCAACGAGGAGAAGAGGAAAUCGGCGAGACGGAAAGAGUUCAUCAUGGCGGAGCUGCUGCAGACGGAGAAGGCCUACGUGCGAGACCUUCACCAGUGCAUCGAGACGUACCUGUGGGAGAUGACGAGCGGCAUCGAGGAGAUCCCUCCGGGAAUCAUCAACAAGGAGCAGCUCGUGUUCGGCAACAUCCGCGACAUCUACGACUUCCACAACAACAUUUUCCUGAAAGAGCUGGAGAAGUACGAGCAGCUGCCGGAGGACGUGGGCCACUGCUUCGUCACCUGGGCGGACAGGUUCCAGAUGUAUGUGGCUUACUGCAAGAACAAGCCCGACUCAAGCCAGCUCAUCUUGGAGCACGGGGGCACCUUCUUUGAUGAGAUCCAGCAGAAGCACAGUCUUGCAAACUCCAUCUCCUCGCAGCUCAUCAAGCCCGUGCAGCGCAUCACCAAGUAUCAGCUGCUGCUGAAGGAGCUGCUGACGUGCUGUGAGGAGGGCACGGGCGAGAUCAAGGAGGGCCUCGAGGUGAUGCUGAGCGUCCCCAAGAAAGCCAAUGACGCCAUGCAUCUCAGCAUGCUGGAAGUGUGCACGGGUCUGGAGGAGAGUGUGGCCGCUCAGGGGGAGCUGCUGCUGCAGGAGACGUUCCAGGUAUGGGACUCGCGCUCUCUGCUACGCAAGGUCCGGGAGAGGCACCUCUUCCUCUUCGACAUGGCCCUGCUCUUCAGCAAGGAGCAGAAGGACUCCUCGGGCAGGAGCAAGUACCUCUACAAGCACAAGAUUCCUACGUCGGAGUUGGGGGUGUCGGAGCACGUGGAGGGGGACCCCUGUAAGUUCGCGCUGUGGGUUGGUCGCACCCCCACGUCAGACAACCGCCUCGUCAUGCGGGCGUCCAAUCUGGACACGAAGCAGGAGUGGGUGAAGCGCAUCCACGAGGCGAUCCAGGAACGCACGUUGCACCUGAAGGGGCCGCUCAAGGAGCCCAUCCAGGUGCCACGUACUCCUGGGGCCAAGCACCGCUCCAGGGAGGGUGGAGAGGACGCAGACAGCCUCGGAGAGAGCAGCAGCCAGCCAGACACCGCCUCUCUCACGUCCCGCAACUCCCAGCUCACCGUGGACAGCGACCGGCUGUCGGGUGGCUGCGAGAUGACGGUGGCAUCGCAGGACUUCUCUGCGACCAGCUCGGGGGAGCUGAGCCUGCGCAAGGGCCAGGUGGUGGAGGUGCUGGAACGCGGACGCGAACGUGCAGACUGGUGCCUGGUGCGCGUCGUCGAGGGAAGCACGUCAUCCGAGGGCCUCGUGCCCUGCGCCGCGCUGAGCCUGCCGCUCUCGCGUAGCAGCCUCGACAUGGACGGCCUCUCCUCCUCCGCCAAGGCCGAGGCCGCCGGCAGCCAGGAAGGCAUCUUCUCCCCGUCGCUCGCGUCCCUGCAGUCCCAGGCGACGGCCGCCGGGGGGGCGGCGUCGGGAGGCCCCGCGGGCCAGGCGACCUCUCAGGCCGCGCAGCGAGCGGCCGGGGCGGCGGCCUCGGCCACGACCCCCCAAGCGUCCCCCGCCGCGCAGCGCGGCGGCAAGGCGCUGCGCAAAUGGCUCAAGAGCCCCGUGCGACGCCUCAGCAGCAGCAAAGCGGAAGGGGGUGGCCGCAAGGGGGCCGCAGGCAAAGCGGCCAAGAAAGGGGGCCGCAAGGGAGAGGAACCCGCAGGCCUGGAGAAUGGAGGUGCCAUGCUCGACGAGGGACCUGGGGAGGCCGGGAAGAAGGCCGCCGCCGGUGCCUCGAAGGGUGACUCCAUGGCGAUGAGCACGUGUGUGGAGGAGGAGGCCGAGGAUGGAGCCGAGAGUCUGCCUCUGCCCCCACCCAUGGCCAUUCAGCAGCACAACCUCCUGCAGGAGCCCGCUUACCUGUCUGUCCCUGCCUCCUGUGGGGAGGCCCGAACCCCGACCGGCGAUCCCUCCCGCUCAGGUGCGGAGGAGCGGCCAAGUUCACUGGCACCGAAGAUUGCGGGGGGGGCGCCCCCCUCACCGGGUGCCGCCUCCCCGUCCUCGCCCGCGCCUGCGUGCCCCAGCAGUCGGGUGCUCGAGCAGCGCCGGUUGGUGCUGAAGGAGCUGGUGGACACGGAGGCAGACUACGUGCGCGACCUCGGCCUCGUGGUGGAGGGAUACAUGGCGCACAUGAAGGAGGAGGGCCUGCCAGACGACAUGAAGGGAAAGGACCGCAUCGUGUUUGGCAACAUCCUGCAGAUCUACGACUGGCACCGCGAAUUUUUCUUGGCGGAGCUACAGAAGAGCCUGGAGCAGCCAGAGAGACUGGCCUCGCUCUUCAUUAAGCACGAGCGGAGGCUGCACAUGUACAUCGUGUACUGCCAGAACAAGCCCAAGUCGGAGCACAUCGUCUCCGAGUACAUAGACACCUACUUCGAGGACCUCAAGCAGCGCAUGGGCCACCGGCUGCAGCUCACCGACCUGCUCAUCAAGCCCGUGCAGCGCAUCAUGAAGUACCAACUGCUUCUCAAGGACUUCCUCAAGUACACACGGCGGGCGGAGCUGGACACUGUUGAACUGGAGAGAGCGGUGGAGGUGAUGUGCGUGGUGCCCAAGCGAUGCAACGACAUGAUGACCGUGGGGCGGCUGCAGGGAUUCGAGGGGAAGCUGACGGCCCAGGGCCGCCUGGUGCUGCAGGACACGCUGCUCGUGAGCCAGACGGACGCCGGGCUGCUAGCGCGGAGCAAGGAGCGCCGCCUCUUCCUCUUUGAGCAAAUCCUCAUCUUCAGCGAGCCACUGGACCGCAAGCGUGGCUUCUCCCUCCCGGGGUUCCUCUUCAAGCACAGCAUCAAGAUAAGCCAGCUGGCCCUGCAGAUGGAUGUGGAGGGCGACCCGUGUAAGUUUGCGGUGGCGUGGCGGAACGGCGGGGCCGGCUCCGGGGGCGGCGAGCGUUACCUGCUGCAGGCGUCGAGCCCGGAGGCGCGGCAGACCUGGGUGCACGAACUCUCCCAGCUCCUUGAGACGCAGCACAACUUCCUCAAAGCGCUCGUAUCGCCCAUCGAGUACCAGAGGAGCCAGGGCAACAGCAACUACAACAGCCUGGGCCGGUUGCGCCCACCUGCGGGUUCCUCCCCCGUGCCCGGAGUCGGCGCCUCCCCUCGUCCCCUCUCCUCCAUGGCCGCCUACAGUGGAGGGGGUGCGGCGACGGUCAAGGGUUCCGGGGCUGAAGAGGUCCUCUCCCCUGUCGGCCGGAACACCUCUCUGCCGGCGCUCAACCACCCGAGCUUAAAAGAGAGCGACGGCCCUAUCGCGGGUGCAUCGUCCGCGGGGACGGUGGGGUCCGGCGGCGAGGCCGUCGGCCACAACUCCGGCUUUCCCACGCUGCGCUCGCCAAGGGGGCUGGAGCACAAGGGCUCGGCCCCGGCGCUGCUGUCGCCCGGCGCUGGCGGGGAGCCCAAGGAGCGAGCGGUGGCCACGGAAGUCCCGCACGGCAGCAUUCGGAGGACGGACAGCGGCCUGCACGGCUCGUCCGGCUCGGGCACGAGCCUGGAGGAGGCAGAGACGCGCGGCGUGCAGGGCGUUGGAAACACCGUGCCCCAGGGCAAGCCGCCACCGGGCAGUCCUCCGCCAGACGGGGGGUCCCCUCUCCGCUCCGCGUACUCCUCCCCGUCCCGUCUCCCCAGGGACCUGUCGCUGCCCCCGCUGAGCCCCUUUCCUCCACCCAGCCCCUCCUCCAGCUCCGGCAAAACCUCUUUCUGGAGCACGGACCCAGCGUCGCCGGCCAACCGGCACGGGGUGUUCAGCUUUCCCGGCGACGGGGACUCGCUGCCGCGGCGCGCCAGGCGACCACCGUCUGGCCGCGAUGCGGACAGACUCAGCAACUGCUCCACCGCCAGCGAGCACUCGCUGCAGAGCACCGGGUCCCAGGGGGAGGACACCGGGAGCUCUGGCGGCGGCGGCGCCUGCAUGCUGGUGACGGCAGAUUACCACGCCGUGCGCGAGGACGAGGUGAGCGUGGCCCAGGGCGAGGUGGUGCAGGUGUUGGCUACCAACCAGCAGAACCUCUACCUGGUGUACCGCGCCGCCACCCCCACCUGCCCCGCCGCGGAGGGCUGGAUUCCGGGCCACGUGCUGGGCCACGCGGGGCAAGGCUCCAGCGGCAGCGCCGCUAGGGAGGUCACCAGCGAAUACGGAGUCAGGAAGUCCCCGUCGUGGCACGCCGCGUUCCGGUUGCGCCGGAGGGAGAGUCGGGGCGAAGGUCGCUCGGACGAGUCUCCACACAAGAGCCGCGACCCUCACCGCGUCAUCGUCAAGGACUCGCCUGUCUCUCCCGACUGCGAGUGGGACGAGACCCAGCCUAACACUAACGUGGAGUUGCUGAAUCCAAACGUCAUUUACGAAGUUGCCCCGGAGUUCCUUCACCCCGUGCAGGAUACAAGUUGUGGUAUCGGCGAGACGGCCACCCUGCGGUGCAAGGUGUGCGGUCGCCCGCGCGCUACCGUGGUAUGGCGUGGUCCGGGACAGGCCAACAUCACUCCCAGCAGCAACAAGUACACGCUCGCGUACAGUGACUCUGGGGAGGCGACGCUCAAGAUCCACAGCGUAAUGCCGCAGGACGGCGGGCUGUACUCCUGCGUGGCCAGCAAUGACGUGGGAGCCUCCACCUCGUCGGCAACGCUCCGCGUGCAGGGGGUGCCGGGAGCUCCGGGCCGCCCCGUGGCCCAGGAGCGGAGCAGCUCCUCUGUGUUCCUGCGGUGGCCGGCGCCUGCCAGCACCGGCAACUGCCCAAUCUCAAGCUACACCGUGGAGUACCGCGAGGAGGGCAUGCCAGGCUGGCAGCACGUGGUGACGUCCACGCUGGAGACCUUCCUGCUGGUGGAGGAGCUCAGCGCCGGUGGGCAGUAUCAGUUCCGAGUGAGCGCCAGCAACCCAUGGGGGAUCAGCUCGCCCAGCGAGCCGUCCACGUUCAUCGCCCUGCCCAGCGACCCAGAUGCCAGCAGUGAUGGAUUGCGUACGGUCUGGAAGGACAACUUCGACAGCACCUACGCCGAGCUCGCCGAGAUUGGACGGGGCCGGUUCUCGGUGGUGCGACGCUGCCUGCAAAAGGGCAGCCCCCGCGAAGUGGCGGCCAAGUUCGUGAGCAAGAAGCUGAAGCGGAAGGAGCAGGUGGCGCACGAGGCGGCCGUGCUGCGCAACCUGCAGCACCCGCAGCUGCCGUCGCUGCUGGACACCUACGAGACGUCGUCGAGCUUCGUGCUAGUGCUGGAACUAUUGCCAGAUGGUCGUCUACUUGACCACGUGGUCCGACGGGGAGAGCUGACGGAGGAGAGCGUGGCGGGCUACCUGCGGGACACCUUGCACGCGCUGCAAUACCUGCACAAUUGUCGCAUUGCCCACCUGGACAUCAAGCCCGAGAACCUGCUGGUGGAGGUGUCGAGUCCGUCCGCCGUGCGGGUGAAGCUCGUGGACCUGGGCGAGGCAGUGCAGAUCACCACGCACUACUACGUGCACGUGCUGCUCGGCAGCCCCGAGUUCGCCUCGCCCGAGGUGGUGCGCGGCCAGCCGGUGGCGCUCAGCACCGACGCGUGGAGCCUCGGCGUCCUGGCCUACGUGCUGCUCAGCGGCGUGUCGCCCUUCCUCGACGAGAGCGUCGAUGAGACCUGCCUCAACAUCUGCCGCCUUGAUUACAGCUUCCCGGAGGAGUACUUUGCGAGCGUAAGCGAGGAGGCGCGAUCGUUCGUGCGCCUCCUGCUGCAGGGUGACUACGCGCGGCGCCCCCCAUGCUCCGCCUGUCUGCUCGAUCCCUGGCUGCAGUGCCCGGGCUACGCCUACCCCGGCGCGCUGCUGGACGUCGCCCGUCUCGCCGCGUUCAUAGAGAGGCGGAGCCAUCAGAACGACGCGCAGCCCAUCAGCCCCGUCACCGACUACAUGAUCAGCCGCGCCACCAUCCGGGCGUAACGACCCGCUCGGCAGACGUCGAGUGGGGAUCCUGGGGCCUGGGCAGUGGGGGGGGGGGUCCUUGGGUUGAGCAAUCGACCUUUAGGCCGAGCAGUUUAAAGGUCGUAAGGCAAAGGAAGCAAUAAUAAUAGCAACCAGUUUUCAGAAGUUUGAGCAGCCGAAAGAGGUUCUACCUGAGCCUUGGCAUACUUUUACAUUUCGUUUCUUACAGCCAGUCCACCCUCGGGCAAGGAAAACCAAUGCAAAUGCAACACUUGGCCGCUCACUUUUUAAGGGGGAAACAUUGCACAGUGCUCCCUCUCAAGUGAACUAUUUUCCUCGGACAACAGUUUUGUACAGAACGUGGACACGGUUUAAAAGCCAAAAACUACCAGGAGGAGCAGUAGGGCUGCAUGACGGGCAUGAAGGUAACCAAGCGCACACGGGCCCCGGGUGGCAGGUGAAGGCGACACGCGCUUCCACGCGUCUGAUGCAGGAAGGUGCCCAGGGCUUGCAUGAUGUCCCGGGUCCACCUGGUGGUUUCGUUUGGUACAAUGGGCGGGUUACCUGGGCCAAACAGACCGCAUGCCUACUGGCUGCUUACCUAUGCGUGUGGGUGAAUGCAAAUGAGUGUGCGUAUGCAACUUUAUUCAUGCACACGUGUGCUCGCACGCAUGUUCAAGGCCACGUCGUUCAACGCCAGACUGUUCAAUGCCAAGCUCCUGUUAGCGGAGUAAGCAAAAUCAACUCACACAUCCACAACCCACUCAUAACUACGAGAGAAGGUAGUGCGCUGGCCCAAUGUUGAGGCUCCAUGGAGCUACUCAAAGUAUAUUUAACAAAUCCCUAUAGAGACCAGUUCCAAUGCAAAAUAGCAUUUAAAGUGUGGUUUCAGUGCAGGGCCACCUGUAUUACGGCAACACUGUUCACCGUCCCGUCUGCCCCUCAGGCCAGACACGGUGGUGGCCUGAUGGGCAGGAAGGUCGAGUGCAUCUGUACAGAGGCCAGGCCACGUUGGCGUGUUGACUAGGUGUUCCCCUACAACAACGUCAGAUUUUACAUGCCUGGGCACGAACACCCGCAGCGCGAGUGGUGACCGGGCGUGGCUGUAAUCACGAAGCGUUCUGAACAGACAGACGUGUGGGCUAAGGGACCUGAAGUGAUUAAUAAAUGUAGUGUGUACUCUGCUCGUGCCAUGUGUUUGGAAAAAAAAGAAUGUCUCAUGCAGUAACCAUAGCGUUUAGUGUUGUUUAACGGAAGGUGUUGGUACGCUUUGCGUUCCUCCUCCCCACGUGGGUGAUGAGUGGCGUGCGCCCCGCAUGCUCGCCCUCGCUGCCCCACUCCACUAGCCGCGCGCCUUUCCCCCAGCUGUGGUACGUGUGCCAUGCGUGUGUGCCGUCUGUGCGUGCCACCUGUACAUGCCGUCGUGUGUGUGCAUGCCAUGCCGAUUCCACCCCACGUGUGCGCGUGUGCCGUGGUCGCGUGUGCCGUGCGUGCGCGCGUGUGGUUCUGUACAACCUGGCUGCCAAUCUGAAAAAUGUAACCUUUUUGCAGGUUUAAGCUGUCGAGGCUCAAGGCCGAAAACCUAUUAUUCAGCCUUGUGUUUGGAAAGCAUAUUUUGCCAAAAUUCAAUGUAUUUUCGGCUCGGUGACCAGCUCUCUGAGCGUUUUAGACAAUGUUACAUGUGAGUGUACAAGCAUCGGCGUGCCCCGUGUGCCCUCUGUGUGUAAAUAGUGUGCGUUCUAUUUAAUGGCCGUCCUAGACCGUGGUGGGUGAGGUAGGUCGGCCGCGUGUGCGAGACGUCUCCGUGCGGUGUACCGGGUCCCACCAGGGCCCUCGUGUGGUGCUGUGCGUACUUUUUAUCACCGUGAAUCUGGAGUAUUAAAGGCAAGCUUUACAUCCUAA